AUGGCCUCCUUCAGAGUACCCAAGGUCGAGAACGAACCUAAUAGGCACUACGCCAAAGGCUCAGCUGAGCGCGCUGGCCUCGAUGCCGCCAUCUCAUCCCUCCGCUCAAAGGCUCCAAUCACCGUCCCUCUCUUCAUAAACUCCCAAACCAUCACCACCGAAUCUGUGUCCCCUCAGAACAUCCCCUCAGCCCACGGCACCACCCUCGCCUCCUCAUCACAGGCGUCCCCAGCUCAGGUCAAUCAGGCCAUUGAGGCUGCUCUUGCUGCCAAGCCGCAGUGGGAGAGCUUGCCGUUUGCGGACCGUGCGGCCAUAUUCCUCAAGGCCGCAGACCUGAUUGCGGGGAAAUACAGAUAUGACCUGAUGGCUGCCACCAUACUGGGUCAGGGCAAGAAUGCAUGGCAGGCGGAGAUCGAUGCAGCGGCAGAGCUAAUAGAUUUCUUGAGGUUUAACGUUGCAUACGCUGAAGAGCUCUACGCCCAGCAACCACCGAAGAACGGUGCUGGUAUCUGGAACCGCGUUGAAUACCGCGCCCUCGAAGGCUUCGUCUAUGCCAUCACGCCCUUCAACUUCACCGCAAUCGGCGGCAACCUCGCCGCGGCCCCAGCACUCAUGGGCAACGUUGUCAUCUGGAAACCCUCUCCCAACGCCGUCUACAGCAACCACCUCAUCCAGCAGAUCUUCCUCGAAGCCGGCCUUCCCCCGAAUGUCAUCCAGUUCGUCCCCGGCGACGCCGAACAGGUCACAAAGACCGUCCUUGCACACAAGGAGUUCGCCGCCCUCCACUACACGGGCUCCACCGCCGUCUUCCGCCACCUGUAUGGAAAGAUUGCAGAGGGCGUCGUCGAGGGCCGCUUUAGAAGCUAUCCCAGAAUUGUCGGUGAGACUGGAGGGAAGAAUUUCCAUGUGGUGCACCCGUCGGCGGAUUUGAGAAAUGCGGUGGUGCAGACGGUACGAGGUGCGUUUGAGUACCAGGGACAGAAGUGUUCGGCGACGUCGAGAGCAUAUAUCCCGCAGUCGCUUGCGAAGGAGUUCCUGGCGUCCAUGAAGAAGGAGAUUGAAGACCUCAAGGUCGGCGCUCCAGACGAGGGCUUCGAUAACUUUAUUGGCCCCGUGAUUCACCGCGCGUCAUUCGAUAAGCUUAAGAGCUGCAUCGACGCUGCGAACAAGGACUCGUCGCUCGAGUGUCUGACGGGAGGCAAGUAUGAUGAUAGUAAGGGUUUCUAUAUCCACCCCACUGUAUAUGUUGCAAAAGAUCCGAAGCACGAAUUGUUCGAUAAGGAGCUGUUUGGGCCCGUGUUGGUUGUCUACGUGUACCCCGACGCAGAGUUCGAGCAGACAUUGAAGCUGGUGGAUGAGUCGGGUGGUGGAUAUGCUUUGACUGGAAGUGUGUUUGCAAAUGAUCGUAUUGCGGUCAGGAUUGCGGAGAACAGCCUGAAGAACGCUUCAGGAAACUUCUACAUCAACUGCAAAUCCACCGGCGCCGUUGUAGGUCAGCAACCGUUCGGUGGCGCGAGGGCAAGUGGAACAAACGAUAAGGCAGGCAGCAUGAGUCUCUUGACGAGAUUUGUCAGUGCGAGGUCUAUUAAGGAGGAGUUCGUGCCCAUUGACAAGGUCAUCUAUCCUAGUAAUGAGGUUUAG